AUGAAUCCAACAUCAAAGGAAAAUGACAACGAGGAGAGCUCUGGCAGUGGUUUUCGGUAUAUAUCAGACCUAGGUCGGAAACAAUUGCCCCAAUACAAGUACACUGGCAGUGACAAUUCUUUGAUGUAUACCUAUUUCUGUUCACCGCUGGCAGAUGCUUUGGUCAGGCUCAUGCCCACAUGGCUGGCCCCAAACACAAUUACAUUUUUGGGUCUGGCAUUUUCCAUUGCUGGAUACAUUCUCGUUCAUAUUUAUGCACCUACUUUCAAGGAACCAUGUCCUUCCUGGCUUUGGCUGGUUUUGGCUGCUUGUACGUUUGCAUACCAGACCCUGGACAAUAUUGAUGGCAAACAAGCCAGAAGAACGAACAGUUCCUCCGCCCUGGGUUUGUUCAUUGACCACGGGGCCGAUGCCCUGAAUAUCAUUCUAACCUCGCAGAAUGCGAUGGCUUUGCUGCAGCUUGGCCAACGAGAGACCUGCUGGGCCACCCUGGCCAUCUGGACUGCAACAUCCACCCCAUUCUUUUUUGCGACCUGGGAAGAACAUUUUACCGGCUCGCUGUACUUGGGCCUGUUCAAUGGCCCGACCGACGGGGUGUUGAUUGUGUGCGCGUCCUAUGUGGUCACAGCCUUGUCCAGCCCUGGUUUCUGGAGUGGGCAAUGUGUUCUUGGCAUGUCACGAGCAGAGUGCAUGAUCUUUUUCUAUUUAGUUUGCGUAUUCUUCACAGUCUCGGCCAAUAUCUAUUCAGUCCAGCAAAAGCUCAGCUCCAGUCGGCACUUGGGUGCUGGCCUAUCCUUGACAAUACCAUUCUUGCUGCAUCUUCUCUUUGGGUAUUGGAUGCUUGGCCCUCUGCACCCAACUGAAACAAAUACCAGACUAUCCCUGUGGUUCCUCGGGUUUUGCUUCCUGAUCCUUGUGUCCGCUCUUCAGCUUGCGAACGUGUGCGGGGAAAGGUACAAACCUUGGCGUUGGACCUUGACCGUUUUGGCGUGCCUGUUGGCAGACUACAUCCUAAAAAGAGGUUCUCUUUGGAUAGCAACCACUUUGCUGCUCUUGAUAUGGCUCCACUUUGUGAUCCAAGUGGCCAACGAAAUGGCCGACAUUCUCCGGAUUUCCAUUUUCACCCUGACGCGCAACAACGAAAAAAGGAGGGCGAUCCUGCCGGCCAGUGGAAGAAGAUGA